CAAUUCAACACCAACCUCCCAGACUCCAUCCAAAAUGGAAACCCCGCUCCCAGCAGCCGAUACCCCGGCCGAUCAACCCCCGGUCCUCAACUACAUCCUCUCCUUCCUCCUCGUCGGCGUCGCCUGGGGCUUCACCACCCCCUUCAUCCGCCGCGCCGCCGCCGACUUCAACGCGCGCCAGGAGGCGCGAACCGGGCUGUCGCAAGGCGAGCACGACCCUGCUACUGCUAUUUCUACCUCCUCAAACACCUACGGCAAUAGCGACCACGAGAGCGACGACGAAACCGUGCCCCUGAACCCAAUCUCUACCUCCGAACACAACCGUCCUUCACCCGACAGCAGCAACAAUAGCCACGACAACGACAGCGCCAGCGAAACCGACCUCCCCCCACCCCCGCCAUCCCAACAACCCGUCUGGAUGCGUCAGCAGUCUUCAGUGCAUCAUGCGCAACCACAAAAAUCCUGGCUACGGACGAAAAUCGUCUCGGUGUUCUGGACGGUGGUCAACCUCCUCCGGACGCCGGCGUACUCGGUGCCGUUGGUGGUGAACCUGACAGGGAGUAUUUGGUUCUUUCUGUUGGUGGGGAAGCAUGAACUCUCCCUCACGGUGCCGUUGGCCAAUUCGAGCGCGUUCCUAUUUACGGUGCUGGGCGAGUGGUACGUCGAGCGGAAGGUGAUCGCUCGGGAGACGUGGCUGGGGAUGGCGUUGGUGUUGGCGGGGAUUGCGAUUUGCGUGGUGUCGAAAUCGUAGGGUUGGC